AAUGGUGCACAUUCUCUUAAAAGAGAUGAAAAUUCGCAAAAGCAGGGACUGUUCCGCCCUUCAAUUGGGGCGCGUUAUCCUGCGUCCGAUGACGAAGCAAAGGAGUACUAUAAUACGAAGAGGAGACUUACAUAUGGAGGAAAACCUCUAAAUGAGAUGGACCGGAUGACUGAUGAAUGCUUGCUUGCUUUCAAAAACUAUGCGCAGAAUAGUAAUCUUGAGGACACCGAGUACAAGUUUGGAGAACUUCGCCGUCGCUGUUACAGAGUCCAGGCUCAUGGCAAGAUAUAUCAGCAUUUCAAUUUCACUAUGCAGACAAAACUUGGAAAUUCUGGUAUUUGGACAUCAAAACUUUAUUUUGCUGAAGUGAAGGAGUUGUCUAGUGUGAAGCACUAUUUCUGCUGCCCAUUGGAGGCAACUGAUGAUGGUGAUUGCUAUGAAUGCGAGAGACAAAACAUAGGUAUUCUAAAACAUCCUUGUAAAGGUGGUUACGAGGAAGGAUAUUCUGAUAAAUUCAACCUGUAUAUGGUUGACUAAUCAGACUCGGAUGCAGACCAGGUGACUUCCUUUGAUCUGAUACAGUUAGUUUUUGUUGUUGAGCAUAAGUAAUGAUCCUAGUUUCUCGGUCCAUCUCCAAAAAUGUUUUAUUACAGCUAAAAAUUUAGAUGUAGUUUUACAGGUAGUUUAUAUAGCCGUGUG